AUGGCCUUGAAAUUGGCCGACGUCAUCGGCAAGACUGUCUUUGAUAUUAUUCUCGAUGCUUCUCAGCCAGCGCCUGCAAACCCCCCCAAGAUUAUAUCAGCGGAGGAGGGUUCCAAGCUAAAGUCAACCGGGACCGGUAAAACGGGGGUGUUUUACCGCGGCGACUCCCGACCUCCUUCAGAAAUAUUUGCCUCGGGCUUCCAGCCGCAGAGCGGAAAUACCAACCUGCAGCAUCAUCUCGAGUUUAAAGGCGACUCGGCCUUCGUGUCGCUCUCCAGAUCACCCGAGUCAGCGCAAAAUUACGCCUCUGGUCGUAGCGCGAACAACAGCCAAAAAGGCUAUAUUCAUGUCAUUGCGCCCAAGGACGUGCCCGAGGGUCAUUGGAUUCCCGGAAUCUACUCCCCAGACAAGAACCCUGAAGUGAAGCGUAAUCAGGAAUUCGCCGUCAAGGGCUCCGUUCCAGGCUCCAGCGUCUCUCACGCGUACGAGGUGACCCGGGACAACCCGUCCGCCAGGUCUAGCAAGAUCAGGAACGAAGGAUACUCGCUGAGGUCGGCUGGACGGUGCGUUUUGCAGAGGAAGCGGGCCGUCGUCUGCGAUCCAGCUGGGUGGGCCGAGGAACCCAAAAAGACGCCGCCGAAGCAGACAGGUCCUGGAGAGGACGAUGGCAAGGGCAAGGGCAAGGGAGAGGGAGAGGGAAAGAGCGGGAUCACGGGGCAAAAGACCACGGAGAGGCAAGUUCCUGCAUUUCCUCACCGAGCUGGACCCCGGAUUUAUUCGCCCCCUUGUCGAGGCCAUCCAGUCUGGCGAAAUCACCGUCUCAGAUAUUCAACUAGCUUUCAAGCGCGCGCUCUCGGAAACCAUGGAAAAGCGCUGGACAGACUUUGA